AAGGGCGGGCACAUUCAGAGCAGGCCCAAGGAGGAACAGCCUCCCGUCGUCCGCCAGGGGGCGCUAGGCCGCGAGUAUGUUAGCGCAUGCGCCGCAGAGGGAGCGUGGCCCGCGUUUAUUUUUGCGCGUGCGCGAGAUGAAAGAGCCGGGAGUUCGGGUGGACGUCGUUCUGUGCAGAGAUUUCGGUCUUGUUUUUGAGGGAACCCGAGAGUGCGCGCAUGCGCGGCCAAAGAAAACAACGGUAGCUUUAGGCGUGACCUGUUCCCGCGCGCGAGUGGAAGAGACAAGGACUGAGUUUCCAUCUGCCAUCAGAUGUCUUUCUGCCUGACUGAGAUGCACCUGUGGUCUUUGAAGAAUACCUUACAUGUUGGGGAUGAAGACAUUGGGAUUUAUCAAUACUAUGACAAGAAAGAACCAGUAUCACAAAUGAAGCAUGGUUACUUAGAAGAGAAGCAACAGCUUGUGGAAUCUCGAGAUUAUCCUUGGAUACUUAAAAACAAACGCCCAGAAAAACUGCGAGAUGCUCUUAAGGAUCUGGAGGAGCUGAUGCAAAACAGUCAGUGUGUGCUGAGCAAAUGGAAGAAUAAAUAUGUCUGUCAGCUCCUCUUUCAUUCAGGUGUGCUGGUGUCCCUAAGCAUUUCUGGGCCACAGCUGGAGAAAGUGGUGAUUGACAGGACCCUGGUGGGGAAGCUCAUCUCCGACACCAUCACUGAUGCUGUUCUUACAGACAGUUUCAUCAUCUUGUCAUUUUGGGAGCAAAACAAACUCUGCUUUAUUCAGUUUACAAAGAAGACAGGUUCUCCUGAUGUAGACAAAAGACUGGAAAAACUCUCCUCCUUGGAUUUUAAGAUUUCUUAUACUGAUAUACCUGGUCCAGCAAGUAGAAGGAUAAAACGUCACCUGUCAAUAAAUUGUAUCCAAGAUAUGGUCAUUUGCUGGUGGUCUCUAACUAAUGAUGGAGCAUGGCCAUGGUCUCCUAUUUCCAGUGAGAGGGACAGAGCCAACUUAUUGUUAUUAGGCUGUGCACAUGGCAGACUAGAGGUUUUGAGUUACGUCCAUACAGAAUGGGAUCCGCUUGAUGCUAGCUUUAGCACCACUCAGCCGUAUCAAGUUCACACAGUGGAGCACUCCAUCAGCACAGACAAAGAGCCCAUGGCUGACAGCUGCCUCUAUGAGUGGGUGAGGAAGAAAUUUCAGUGCAUGGCAGUCACCAGAAUACCUCUCAGAUCAAAGGCCAUCAGUUGCUGCAGGAACAUUACAGAAGACAAGCUGGUUCUGGGCUGUGAAGAUUCUUCAGUCAUUCUGUAUGAAGCCCACCAGAGAGUGACUCUGUUAGCCCAGGCAGAACUAUUGCCUGCUUUAAUAAACUGCCACCCCAGCGGAGCAAUAUUUCUGAUCGGCAGCUCUCAAGGGGAGCUGCAGCUCUUUGACACGGCCCUGUCCCCAAUUAAAAUGCAGCUUUUGGCAGAAGACUAUUCACCUACGACAACUUUGCAAUUCAGUAAGCGGUUUGAUGUGUCUAGCAGCCUCAUCCAGCUACAAUGGGCAGCACCUCCUGCUGCAUCUCCCAGGGACAACAGCAUGAAUGUUCAUGACCUUCUGUUAAUUCGGUUUGACAAAGGACCUUUAGGAGUUCUUCAGUUUAAACUUGGUGUCAUCACAAGAGGACAGCUGGGAGUUGUGGAAAUCAUCCACCAGUAUGUUCGUUACGAUGAGAUAUCCGAAGCGAUUAGUGUCCUGAGCAGCAUGAACUGGGACACUAUGGGUCAUCAGUGUUACAUGAGCAUGAGUGCCAUUGUAAAUCACCUUCUUAGACAGAAGCUGACACCAGAGAGAGAAGCACAGCUUGAGGCAAGCCUGGGAACCUUUUAUGCUCCGGUAAGACCCUUGUUGGAUACGACUGUGUUGGAAUAUAGAGACCCAAUCAGCAGAUAUGCAAGAAGGUUCUUCCACCAUCUGCUCAGGUAUCAGAGAUUUGAAAAGGCAUUUCUGCUCGCUGUUGACAUAGGUGCUCGGGACCUGUUUAUGGACAUCCAUUACCUUGCGGUAGAUAAGGGUGAAUUGGCACUAGCUGAAGUGGCAAAGAAAAAGGCUAACGACAUUGAUGCAGAAUCAAUAACGACUGGAGUUGCUCUUUUGGGGCAUGGAAACACUGAGGAUACCACAGAUGAAGCUUUUGUCACCCGAUCUGUAACAUCACAAGAGGAACAGACAUUUCAGGAUACCCUCCCCCCUUCUGGCUCAAACUUCAGACACACAGCACAGAGCAGUUCUAACAGUUCUGCUACACAUAGACAAAGAGACAACAGGGAGACGGCGCUUGGAAUGGAUAUCAGUGCUGCUUCUGUAAUGGAUGAGCCCUUGCCCUGGAAUCCUGCAGGGAAUUUUGGAGAUGUUCACACAGAACAGGUAACAUCUUUCUUUCUUUUUUCUUUUUUUUUCUCAUUCUACUCUGUUUCACAUCUUGUUACAAACUCCCCAGCCUGAUCUUUCCUCCGCAUGCAGGUCUCCUGUUAGUGGUCAUUCCACUUCCAAAGGGCUUGUAAAAUGGAGCCAGACCUGCAUGGUUUGAAUCCAGCUCUGGUUACCAGCAAUCAGAAUGUGUUAAUGUCUGAUACUGAUUUGGGUGGAAAAUGUGAAAUGGGUAAUUAGUCUCACAGCCACCACGUUUCCAACUAAUUGGCAUCCUUGCUGGCAGUUUCAGCAGUGACACCAACAGUUAAAGAGGCACAAAGACUUAAAUUGCCCUUCAUCCAAUAGAACAUAUUGGCUAUUGUAGGUGGUGUGGUCUGCACUAUUGCUGCUCCAGCUCUGUAGUAGAUCUCUGGAUUUGUGGGACCCUUCAUCCUCUAGAACAAAACAUUACAAGAUGUAUACGUGUCUCUAAGGUUGGUGAGACAUUUUCUGAUCUUCAGUUACAUGAUCUCACUUGAUCGAGAAAAAGACUGUGUUGUAAUGGACACAGGCUUGGCAGCAGAUAAAGUGUAGUUCUGCUCUGAAACGUGACUGUUCAAAUUGUGGAACUUGUAUUCAUUGUCUCUCAGUGAUUCCAGAUCAAAUGUGUGCCAAGUACAAGUCAAAAUAUGGGUUGCUGUUGUUGUUUUCCUGAUUGCCAUCCCUGCAAACUCAGGCUGGAAUCUGACAGUGAGGCUGGGUUCUAGUCACAGUCAAUAAAGAUUAUGCAAGGUAAACGCUGACUUUGAUGAGACGAUCUUCACAUGAUGCCCUUAGCGACAUCUGUGCUGUUCUCUUGAUUCCAGUGAGUAUGUGCUCUUCUAUCUGACGGAUAGGAGCUGUGUUUGUACAGCACCUAGCACAAUGGGGUCGUAGUGCAUGACCAAUGGUCCCUCUAAUCUUUUCCAUCUAUGUGCAGUAUAAAUGUUAUGUGCACUGAGGCAUGUGCAAAUGUUCACUACUAAUAGAAACACAAAACCUAGCUGUGAGUGCUCUGCAAAUCAGCUGAGCCACAUUUGAAUUUGUCCUGAUUGGCCACGCAAGCACACAGUUUACAGGGAACACUGUCCUUGACUAAGGCUUCUACAACAAUUCAAAUAAUAAAACUUGGGCAUCAAACAGAAUUGUUAACCAAGGGAAAAAAGAAUUUUGCUUCAUCUCCUGGAGCUGGGAUGGCUCUUGCAUGGAAGAAAAAGCAAUAACAACGGAUCUUUGUCACCAAAAUGAGCAAUUAUUGACAAUCAUGCUAAGGAAACAAGUUGGAACCAUUUUUACGUUGUCACUUUUCCGAACGGAACCACACUUCGGAUCCUUACGAGCAACAUUAACUUGAACCUUUCCUCAUCUUUUAGUGCUUAACUACAUAAUUUGAACAACCUGUUACUGUAUUGUUAUAGAGUAUCACAGGCAUGUCCAUCCUUUGCACAGUAUACUUCGUGCUAAAUGUUGUGUACAGGUUCAAAAUCGAAGUAUGAUUAUUUUCCAUCAUUCUGCGGGGCUUAAUAUAUUUUCUCUCUCUACAGAUUUGUAUAAGAGCGUGGAGAAGUUAAAACAUGUUUCCUUUUUGUCCAGCUAAUUGGACUGAAAGUUGUUGUAUUGAAAAUCACAGAAAAGGGCCUGGUACAGUUGCCUAUUGAAUUCAGUAUCAAUAUUGCCAAGCUCCUAGGGAAUGAGGCCUAUGCUUUAGGGAGAUGUGUCUUCAACUAACGGUAUGUCUAGACUACAUGCCUCUGCCGACAGAGGCACGUAAACUAGGCUACCCGAC